UCAUACUCUCAACUUUGAAUGUCUCAUUACACAAUUCCAUAAGGAGGACAGUACCUCCAGCUAUUUAGCUCCAGCUAUCGAUCAAAAAAUAAAAUAAUCCAACUCAACAUCGUUUAGCAACAUAUGAUGAUGGUUCCCAAAAAAAUUUCUCUUCUUCAGUUUUUCACUCUCUUAUUUCUCUUUACAAUUACUUUUACUGCUUCCACUGAGGAAGCAACUGCUCUCCUAAGAUGGAAAGCAACUUUCAAGAACCAGAAUAAUUCCUUAUUGGCUUCAUGGACAGAAAUUAGUUCUAAUGCAUGCAGCGAUUGGUAUGGAGUUAUAUGCUUUAAUGGUAGGGUAAAUAGGUUGAAUAUUACAAAUGCUGGUGUCAUUGGUACACUCUAUGAUUUUCCCUUUUCAUCUCUUCCUUUUCUUGAAUAUGUUGAUCUUAGCAUGAACAAUCUCUCUGGCACCAUCCCACCUGAAAUUGGCAAACUCGCUAAUCUUGUCUAUCUUGACUUGUCGUCCAAUCAGAUUUCAGGACCAAUCCCACCACAAAUCGGCUCAUUAGCCAAGCUUGAGACCCUCUACAUAUGGGACAACCAUUUAAAUGGUUCCAUUCCAGGAGAAAUAGGAUACCUAAGGUCUCUUACUAUGCUAUCUUUGUAUACUAACUUUCUUACAGGUUCUAUUCCUACUUCAUUGGGGAAUUUGAGCAGCUUGUCUCUUUUGCUUCUUUAUGAGAAUUGCCUUUCCGGCCCCAUUCCUGAAGAAAUAGGUAACCUAAGGUCUCUUACUAACCUAGAAUUGGAUACUAACUUUCUUAAUGGUUCUAUUCCUGCUUCAUUGGGAAAUUUGACCAACUUGUCCUUUUUGUCUCUUGUUGACAAUCAUCUUUCCGGCCCUAUUCCAGGAGAAAUAGGUCACCUAAGGUCUCUUACUGAGCUAGAUUUGAGUUAUAAUACUCUAGAUGGUUCUAUUCCUGCUUCAUUGGGGAAUUUGACCAACUUGUCUCUUUUGUAUCUUCAUGAGAAUCACCUAUCUGGCUCCAUCCCUUCAGAAAUAGGUUACCUAAGGUCUCUUAAUAAGCUAGCUUUGAGUACUAACUUUCUUACUAGUUGUAUUCCUGCUUCAUUGGUCAAUUUGACCAACUUGUCCCUUUUGUCUUUGUAUAACAAUCAUCUUUCCAGUCACAUUCCUGAGGAAAUAGGUAACUUAAGGUCUCUUAUUGUGCUAAAUUUGAGUAAUAACAUUCUAAAUGGUUCUGUUCCUGCUUCUUUGGGGAAUUUGACCAACUUGUCCCUUUUGUAUCUUUAUAGCAAUCAUCUUUCCGGUCCAAUUCCUGAAGAAAUAGGUAACCUAAGGUCUCUUACUGACCUAGAAUUAGAUACUAACUUUCUUAAUGGUUCUAUUCCUGCUUCAUUGGGGUAUUUGAGAAACUUGCAAGCUCUAUUUCUCCAUGGCAACAAUCUCACUGAGGAAAUUCCUUCAUCUCUUUGCAAUUUGACAUUAUUGAAAAAUUUGUAUUUGGAGAGAAACAACCUGAAGGGAAAAUUUUUGCAAUGCUUAAGUAAUAUCAGUGGCCUUAGUGUUUUGAUGAUGUCACAGAAUAAUCUUAGUGGAGAGAUACCUUCUUCUAUUUGCAAUUUAACAUUACUACAAAUUCUAGAUUUGGGUAGAAACAAUCUGAAGGGAGAAAUUUCGCAAUGUUAUGGCAACAUGAGUGGUCAUCUUGAGGUGUUAGAUAUGCACCACAACAAUCUUUUCGGGACUCUUCCAACAACAUUUAGCAUUGGAAGUGUACUCAAAAGCUUCAACUUGCGUGGCAAUGAACUGGAGGGGAGAAUUCCCCGAUCUUUGGCUAAUUGCAAACAAUUGCAAGUUCUUGAUUUAGGAGAUAAUUACCUCAAUGACACAUUCCCGAUGUGGUUGGGAACUCUUCCAAACCUGAAAGUUUUAAGCUUGAGAUCAAAUAAAUUGCAUGGGGCCAUUAGAACUUCAAGGAUUGAAAACUUUCCUGAGCUUCAAAUCAUAGAUCUCUCUUACAAUGCCUUCACAGAAAACUUACCAACGAGUUUGUUUCAACAAUUGAAAGCCAUGAGGACAAUUAAUCAAACAUUGAAGGGACCAAGAUAUCUUGGAGAUGGGUAUUACCAAGAUUCUGUAACACUUGCAACCAAGGGACGAAAUCUUGAACUUGUUAGAAUUUUGACAGUUUACACCGCUAUUGAUCUUUCAAGUAACAGAUUUGAAGGACAAAUUCCAAGUAUUAUGGGAGAUCUCACUGCACUUCGUGUGUUGAACUUAUCUCAUAAUGGAUUUCAAGGUCAUAUACCGAAAUCACUCAGAAAUUUAUCCUUAGUCGAAUCACUGGACCUUUCAUCUAAUCAGCUUUCAGGAGAGAUACCACAACAACUUACUUCUCUUACGUCUCUUGCAUUUUUAAAUCUCUCCCACAAUCAUCUCAUAGGAUGCAUUCCACAAGGAAAUCAAUUUGAUACCUUUGAGAAAAACUCAUAUGAAGGUAAUAAUGGAUUAUGUGGAUUCCCAGUUUCGAAAGGUCGUGGCAAUGAUCGGAUAUCAAAGACAAAUUAUACCGUAUUUGCGCUAGAUGAUCAGGAAAGCACUUCUGAAUUUCUCAAUGAUUUUUGGAAAGCUGCUCUAAUGGGAUAUGGAAGUGGACUAUUCAUUGGAUUAUCCAUUGUAUAUUUCAUGAUUUCAUAUGGAAAACUAAAAUGGCUUGCAAGAAUCAUUGAAGGGCUGGAACACAAAAUUAUUACGCGAAGGAAAAAGAAGCAGCGAGGUUAAAGGAAUUACAGAAGAAGAAAUAAUAAUCGCUUUACACCGAUCUUUUAGUUUAUUGUAACUAUUGAUAUCUUAGCUUUCAUAUUUUUGUUAUUAUAUUAUGACUAAUCAGUGCUCUACCAAGCAUAUGUUUCUUUCCAAAUAUUUCAAUAAAUUGAAGAUUUUGAGAAGGACUA